AUGGGGUUCUUUGGAGGCUCAAAUCUCCUAGGCAUGAAUGAUUUGACUACCCUUGACGUGACCGAGGUUACGAUGCCCAAUAAUGAGGUGAGUCGGCUAAUACAGGCACUCCUUCAAAACAAAAAGAUCACAGACCUGGCCGUCGGAGAUAGCGUGUUCGACCACCGCGAUGAAGACUUCAACGCACCCUUCCCCAAAUACCUCGCGCAAAAAAACUGCAUGGUGCGGAAACUGAAGCUCAAAUCGGACAUCUUUUUCGGCAGCUGGUCACUCCUGGAGGAACUGAUCGAUGCGUUCUGCAAGAUGGAGACUUUGGAAGAGCUUAUUGCGGACAUUGUUCUUAACCACAGUUGCCCUAUUCGCCAAAGUGGUCACUCAGAGCGCCACACUACGCAGCCUGAGGCUACCUUCGACGUACUGCGAAUGUCACGUAUCAUUCUGGAUUCCAAGUGUCCCAGACUUUCAGAUCCGGAAGCAGCGCAAUGCAUGAAGCCCUGGCUCGCAGCCCUGCGGAAGCCAAACUCCUCGCUCAAAAAGCUGUGCAUCGACUUGAGGGGCUUCGGAGAAGCUGAGUGCCACGACUUCUUCAAUGCAAUCACUGACAACGACGUUGUAAGGUCGGUGGUCGUCCACUCCUUGCCUAUAAUUGACGGGCUCGACAGAGUAUUUGCAAUGAUCCAAAAUCGAGGCCUGAAGGAUCGCGUGGUCAUCAAGGGACAAUACAUGCACCUCACCCCAAAGCAGCUGCAGGAGUGCCCGCAAAUCAGCAGCGCAAGCAUCGGAGACUGCCAUUUUAUGCGCAGCCAUUACGUUGGCAUGUAUCCAGCUAUCUCAGCUUUAGACGUGCUCGGUGGCUGCGCUCACGUAACGUCAAUGCAGGUUGACUGCUAUGACUUCGAUCGCAAUGAUUUGUCCGCUUUGGCGGCAUGUAUAAAGGGUUCAUCCGCACUAAUUGAUGUCAACAUACACCUGAGCCAAGAUGAUACCCUUCUGACAAAACAGGAGCACCGUGUCGUGCAGGCGGAACUAGUGUCAGCGCUGGCCUUUAACCUUAAACUAGUCAGAAUCAGGGUCACGGGGGUGUUGCUGUCCGACGACGACUUCAGCGUGCUGGCGGACAGCGCUAAGAAGAGCACCAGUAUCAUCGAUUUGACCCUGACGCCUGGCUGCGUUUUCAGUGCCAUGCAUGAUGCAAUGUACCGACAAGUGCGCAGCUGUCGGGUUCACAAGGCUGAGUCGUUCACGGGAGCAUCCGACGCCAAGAACAUCGCUCUGGCGGACAUCUUGGAAUCAACCAGAAAGAAUGCCUCUGCCGUCUUGGACGCUGCACAGUUCGUGCUGGGCGAGCAAGAUGGCGUCGAGGGCGCGCGUGCCAUCGAGUUGAUGUACGACCACCCACAUGUCUUCCAAAUGGUGAGGGAAGCUGCUGACGUCAGUAAAGCCGAAGCCAAGAAGAUGAUCAGCAGAGCGCGACUUCGUGUCCGCUGCUGUAGCCUAGACGAGUUUAUGAGAAUGGCCGGUGUCGUCAAGGAGAGGGUGGAGUGCCUCGGUCAUCCGGGUACCAGGCUUCAACUUGUUGACAUAGGUGAUGACUGCUGGCUCCAUAUCCGCAACUUUCUGAAGAUAGCGGAUGUUCUAGAACUUUGA